UUUAGAUGUAGAUAUAAAUAAACAAAACGGAGUUUCAAGGGCCAUUUUAAUCAAGGAAAUAGCAAGGGGUAGGGUCCUGUUUCUCCAUCCUGCAUCUUUGCAAAGGCACCAAAAUCCAAACAAAAGAACAGAUCUCAGCUCAGCUCAUACGAAUUGCUCUCUUUCUCGGCUCUCCAAGAUGGGUCUGUCAUUCACGAAGCUAUUCAGCAGGCUGUUCGCCAAGAAGGAGAUGCGUAUACUUAUGGUCGGUCUCGACGCUGCCGGUAAGACCACCAUUCUCUAUAAGCUCAAGCUCGGAGAGAUCGUUACCACCAUUCCCACCAUUGGGUUUAAUGUGGAAACCGUCGAAUAUAAGAACAUUAGCUUCACUGUCUGGGAUGUUGGUGGCCAGGACAAGAUCCGUCCUUUGUGGAGACAUUACUUCCAAAAUACACAAGGACUUAUUUUUGUGGUAGAUAGCAAUGAUCGUGAUCGUGUUGUCGAGGCUAGGGAUGAGCUCCAUAGGAUGUUGAAUGAGGAUGAGUUGAGAGAUGCUGUGCUUCUAGUUUUUGCAAACAAACAAGAUCUUCCAAAUGCUAUGAAUGCUGCUGAAAUAACUGAUAAGCUUGGUCUUCAUUCACUCCGUCAACGUCACUGGUAUAUCCAGAGCACCUGCGCUACAUCUGGUGAAGGACUUUAUGAAGGGCUUGAUUGGCUCUCAAACAACAUUGCAAACAAGGCUUAGAGAUUUGAUUAGUUAAUGGUUCCUUGGAGUGUUGUUGAGUGUUAGCGACUAUGGCUCUUGAUUAUUGAUAUUGUUACCCUGUUUAGAAUAUUAUCUACUCUUACAUGUAUUGUUGCUUCGAGAAAGAACACAGACGUCUACUACUAGUUUCAGAAUAAUUUGCUAUAUAUUUUAUUUUUCAUGUAUAACCGAAUUAAUUUUGCCCGCAGAUUUGUUUAGGCAAUCCUUAUUGAAAGCUUACACUUAUACA